UCCACGGCCAUAAAGCUCUCUGAAGCAAAUGGCCAAGUAUGUGUGUAUGUGUUUGUGUGUGUGUGCACUUCAUUGGUGAUAUUGGCAUAGAUCAUUUUAUGAAUUCGAAAAUACCAAAAAUUUCAAUAAUGACCAAUAUGGCCGACAAUAAAGUAGAUCCUUUCAAAUUGAUCGAAUUGGUUAAACAACGUCCUGUUCUCUACGAUGAAUUAUUGCCCGAAUAUCAACAAUAUCGUCAACGCCAGCGUGCUUGGAACGAAGUGUCUAGAAUCUUAAAACAACCAGUUGACAAAUGUCAAUACAAAUGGCGCUCUAUACGGUCUCUGUACAAUGGUUAUCUUCGACGAAAAACCAAAAAUCCAAGCCAACAAAUAAGUUGCCAAUACUCAGAUCAUCUUCAAUUCCUCGACGAUUACCUUCGACGUAAACGUAAAUCCAAAUCAAAGGAACGUGAACUUGAUGAAGGUGAAGAAGAAGAUGAAGAUGAUGAUGAUCAAAUGGAUGAUGAAGAAAAAGACGAUGAUGAUGAAGAGGCUGAAGAGCUGGACGAAGAAGACGAUCUCGAUAAAGAAAAAACAUCCAGUAAAGAAAAUUUUGUUGGUCGUCUUUUGCAAGAAAUGUAUGCCAAACAACAGGAGCGAUUACGUAAUUUCACUCGUAGAUCAUCACCAUUUGUAUCGCAUACACCGACCACACAAGCGACCACUCGUAUGUCACGAACGCCAUCAAUUAGUCGUUAUGAUCAAUUCAGUAAUGAGGAAGACGAUGACGAUGAUGGCGAACAAUUUUUACCAAAACAAAAGCUGGCUCUUCAUUCUACCACUUGUGUAUUAGAAGAUCUUCAAGUAUGGGGAAUUUUCGUGGUAGUUUUAGUUGCAUUGGCUGCAUUGGUCAUUCUAUGGCCAACAUACCUAGGUCGGAUAUUACGAUUUCGAAGUUAAAAAUCAUUGAUUGCAUGUCAUCUACCUUUUUUUUCAAAUCCAAAACCUACAUUUUUCCAUAUAUAAUAUAAUCAUCAACAUUUACUUAUAUUUUAUUAUCCACGCAUACAACUCUUAAAAGCAUGUUUUAUGAACACAAUUC